AUGGACCCCAUCACCAGCUUCUUAGAAAAUGGCAAACUUCCUGACGAUGAAAAGGACGCCACAAAACUGAGAAGGGAAGCGGCAAAGUACGCGAUCAUCCAGGGACAGCUAUUCAAGAAAGGACUCAACCAACCCCUACUGAAAUGCCUACAUCUCGACCAGACGAACUACGUCCUUAGGAAAGUCCACAAGGGUUGCUGUGGACAUCACAUAGGGGGCAAAGCUUUAGCGAGAAAAUUAAUUCGAGCUGGGUACUAUUGGCCAUCAAUGAUGGCAGACUCCAGAGAGUUCGUCAAAAAAUGCGUCAAGUGUCAAGAAAACCCCAACUUCCACAGGGCACCGGCCUCGGAGCUAAGCCUACUAACGUCCUCCCGGCCAUUCUCCAAUGGGGAGUCGAUCUCUUGGGUCCCUUCCCAGUUGGUCCUGGACAAGUCAAGUACCUCAUAG